AAGUCCAAAUUAUAAAAAAAAAACUAAAAAAAAUUAGGCAUUUUCUUUUUUUCUCUCUCCUAAGCCUAUGAAUAGUCUUGCCCCAAUCUCAUUUUCUUCCUCUCUUUUUCUCUCUCCCAAAAAUCUCUCUCUCCCCUCUUACAGGCAUCCACUUGUUAGCCCACCAGGCUUUGGAUCUGUUAAAGAAAAAAGAAGAAGAAGAUGAAUAUGUAUGCUUAUCAACAGAAGGCCUUGGUGGGUUGUGUUGGAGUUGGAGAGAAUGGGAGGGCUGCUGAUAUUUCUGGGUCUAACGGUGUUGUUUGUCCUAAGCCUAGGAGGCUUGGGCUGUUUAAUUCUGCUUCUGUUCAUGUUGAAGAAUCCAUCAGACCUUAUCAAUUGCUGCAGUUUAGAAAUCAAGAAAUGGAGGCUUGCGAUUUGAAAGCCGGAAGUGAACUGAUGGAUAUCAUCCUCACAAAGGGGAAUUAUGAAGUUGAUAAAGCCAAUUUUGAGGUGGCUUCAUCUCCACCAUUUUACUAUGGAUCUCCCCCCAGCAGGGCUGGAAAUCCCCUGAUCCAAGAUGCCGAAUUUGGCAACCACAAUUUUGUUCCCACACUAGCAAUCCCAGAAAGAGCAGUGGCACCCUCACCACCACCACCUUCCUCCACCAUCAUGAGCGGUGGAGGCUGUGUUCGUGUGAAGUUUGGGAACAAGCCAGCUCCUGUGAGGAUUGAAGGCUUCAAUUGUCGCGGCAACUGCAGCGUCUCAGCUGUAGCUUAGGUAGAUCCAUUGAUGACACAGAUGUUGAGGAACCAACAUCGUAAAAGAAUAGAUAUAAAGGAGAGAUUUUUGGGGGAAGAGGCAAGAAAACGUACACCAAAUUCGUUUAGCAUUGUAUAUAUAGAGUGACAGAAAGAAGGUUUAGUCCAAUUUGCUGAUGAGUUUUGUUCUCUAAUCAUUCAAAUCCAGUAAUGUGUAUAUUGUAAGACAAGGUGAUGAAUGAGUUUGUUUUAAGUCCAAAUGAAGGAAUAAAACUGUAAUAUCCCCCAAAGAAAGAGAUAAGAUAAAAGAUUUGCUAUCUUUUCUUUGGGAGUGACUAGGGUUCUUUUAUAGCAUUUAGAACAAAAUAUGAGUUGAGGAGUACUUAUUAUUAGCAUCAAGACUCAAAGAGGAAGUUUUGUGAAAGUUUGUGACUUAUCCUUCACUGUAAUAGUAUAAUCUGAAGGAAAAAUAUGGUUUCUUACAAA